UGCGCGGCUUCUGUUUCCGGGUUUGUCGGCCUGUUUGUUUACCUGUCGGAGACGCGCGGCGGCGGUGGCGAGCGUGUGGACCGAGUGGACCGCCCUAGACGGACUCGUCAGAAAGAGAGGUGUCGCCGAUAGUCGAGGCCGCCGCUACGAGAUACUCAUACAGCCGCUGACAGACGGACAAGGCCGAAAAACGAGCUGCGCAGGGCCGGCUUCGUCAUCAGGAGCGCGGGGAGGAAGCCCGAACGGGUCGAGGGGCUCAGGGCCCAGACGGGGAUCGACUGUCCGGACGUGUCUGGCCCGGGAAGUGCAGCAUGGAGGAGGCCUCGCCCGCACCCCUGGUGGACCUGUGCCUGCUCUUCGUGAGCUCCCACCUGGAGCGCUUCUGCUGGGAACGGCCCGACGGCUCCCUCUGCCUCCGCGACAGCGUCGUCUUCCCUCAGGAGCUCUCCGACCAGCUGCUGCUCAAGAUGGCCACCGAGGGGCUGCUCAACGACUGCACCGUGGGCAUCUUCAGGAGCUGCCAGCACCUCCGCCUGCGACGGGCCUGCAUCCGCAAGGCGCGCAUCUCGGCCGAGGCCUUCCGCAGGGCCUUCUGCCAGCAUAAACUGCUGGAGCUGGACGCCUCGGGGGUGAACGCCGACAUCACCAUCACGGACAUCAUCAAGGGCCUGGCCUCCAGCAAGUGGAACGAGGAGUCCCUGCAGCGGCUGGUCCUCAACGGCCUCACACUGUCGCUGGAGGACCCCUACGAGCGCUGCUUCGGCCGGCUGCGCGGCCUGCGGGCCCUCAGCAUCACCAACGUGGACUUCUACAACGAGGACCUGGCGGACGUGUGCUCCCUGCCGGCGCUCGAGUGCCUCGACAUCUCCAACACCUCCGUGACGGACAUGUCCCCGCUGCUGGCCUGCAAGCGCCUGCGCUCCCUCACCAUGCACCAGCUCAAGUGUCUCAAGAUGAGCACCUCGCAGGUGCUGGACGUGCUGAGGCGGCUGGAGCCGCUGCAGCACCUGGACAUCUCGGACGACAAGCAGUUCACCUCCGACAUCGCCGGCCAGCUGCUCGCCGCCCCUGGCAUCCUGCCCAACCUCCGCUCGCUGGACGUGUCGGGCCGCAAGCAGGUCACCGACAAGGCCGUCAAGGCCUUUGUGCUCCAGAGGCCCGGCAUGCACUUUGUGGGCCUGCUGGCCACCGACGCCGGCUUCAGCGAGAUGCUGUCGGGCGAGGGCGCCCUCAAGGUGGCAGGCGAAGCCAAUGAGACGCAGAUCUGCGAGGCCCUGCGGCGCUACAGCGAGCGGGCAUUCUUUGUGCGGGAGGCCCUCUUUCACCUGUUCAGCCUGACCCACGUGAUGGACAAACCUCGGCCAGACAUGCUGAAGCUGGUGGUCACUGGCAUGAAGAAUCACCCACUGAACCUUCACGUGCAGCUGGCGGCCAGCGCCUGUGUCUUCAACCUGACCAAGCAGGACCUGGCCACAGGGAUGCCCGUGCGGCUGCUCAGCCAGGUCACUCACUUGCUUCUUGAGGCCAUGAGGAACUUCCCAAACCAGCAGCAGCUGCAGAAGAACUGUCUCCUGUCCCUGUGCAGUGACCGCAUUCUACAGGACAUCCCCUUCAACAGGUUUGAGGCGGCCAAGCUGGUGAUGCAGUGGCUGUGCAACCACGAGGACCAGAACAUGCAGAGGAUGGCCGUGGCGAUCAUCUCCAUCCUGGCGGCCAAGCUGUCCACAGAGCAGACGGCCCAGCUGGGAGCAGAGAUCUUCAUUGUGCGGCAACUCCUGCACAUCGUGAAGCAGAAGACGAGCCAGAACCUGGUGGACACCACCUUGAAGUUCACGCUGAGUGCUCUCUGGAACCUCACGGACGAGUCGCCCACCACCUGCCGCCAUUUCAUUGAGAAUCAGGGCCUGGAGCUCUUCAUGAGGGUGCUGGAGACUUUCCCCUCCGAGUCCUCCAUACAGCAGAAGGUCCUGGGGCUGCUGAACAACAUUGCUGAGGUGAAGGAGCUGCACGCCCAGCUGAUGUGGAAGAGCUUCAUCGACCAGAUCGGGGUCCUGUUGCACAGCAGCGAGGUGGAGGUCAGCUACUUUGCAGCGGGCAUCAUCGCCCACCUUAUCUCUCGUGGUGAGCAGGCCUGGACCCUCAGCCCCACCCUGCGCACCUUUCUCCUGCAGCAGCUGCACUCCGUCAUCCUGACCUGGCCGACACCCGAGUGCGAGAUGGUGGCUUACAGGUCAUUUAACCCUUUCUUUCCCCUCCUGGAAUGCUUCUCUACGCCUGGCGUGCAGUUGUGGGCAGCCUGGGCGAUGCAGCACGUGUGCACCAAGAACGCUACCCGCUACUGCAGCAUGCUGAUCGAGGAAGGUGGGAUGCAGCAGCUCCACAGCGUCAAGUCGAACCCCCUGACCCACCUGGACGUGCAGCGCUUGUCCGCCGGCAUCUUGGAGAGCCUGGAGAAGUUCAUGAGCCGCAGCGGGCAGCCGGUACACCAGCAGCAGGAGGGCAGAGCUGCACAGUAGGCAUGGUGAGCAUCUCGGGG